UUCACCGGCCGACGCAUCUCAUAACAGCAGUCAUUAUGUCCACAUAUUUACAAAUUAGCGUGAUUCUGUACGUGUAAUUAUUUACCAUAUUGACAAAAGAUAUCAGAUAGGCAGCUGCGCGCGCGCAUUCAACCGCGCGACGUAUCGGAUAGCGCACGCGCGUAAUUUUUUUUUUGUAUGUGCAAUAAAUCGAUACGUAAAAAUGAUGCUCGCUGGAGCUGAAAUAGUGAAAGAGAGUGUAGCGUUCAAGAAAGACGAUCAUGGAAAUUCCGCGGCUGUCAUCGCACCAGGACCCUCCCAGCCUGGGACAAUGGGCCUCACCCGGGUACCAACUAAGGAACCCGUUGACAUCCAGUUCACAAACGUCACUUGCAACGUGUCACUGGGAAUAAACAAAGGAACCAAACAAAUUCUUCAUGGAGUCAACGGACGGCUUCGACCAAAACAAUUAAUUGCUAUUAUGGGACCGUCAGGCGCUGGCAAGUCUACGUUGUUAGAUGUGCUAUCCGGCUACAGAACUACAGGUGUCGGAGGGGCUAUAUUUAUCAAUGGACGUGGAAGAAUCAUGAAAAAAUUUAAGAAAAUGUCAUGUUACAUCCAACAAGACGACAGACUUCAAGGUCUACUCACCGUUGGUGAGAACAUGACAAUAGCAGCCGAUCUAAAACUACCUACAAAAAUGGACAAGUACGAGAAAGGCGAAGUGAUCGAAGACAUCCUGACAAAUUUGGGUUUAUAUGAGCAUAUGAACACACGCGGAGCUCAACUAUCGGGAGGGCAACGAAAGCGACUCUCUAUUGCAUUGGAGCUUAUCAACAAUCCUCUCGUUAUGUUUCUUGAUGAGCCAACCACAGGGUUGGAUAGUUCAUCAUGUAGCCAAGUAGUUCAACUGUGCCAAAGCCUCGCUCACCAGGGUCGAACAAUCGUGUGUACAGUCCAUCAGCCCUCUGCCACAUUGUUCGCUCUAUUCGACCAAGUGUAUGUGUUAUCAGCUGGAAACUGCUUAUACCAGGGCACUACGACGAACCUAGUCCCAUAUCUGGAAGAAGCUGGUAUUCCUUGCCCGAUUUAUCAUAAUCCGGCCGAUUACAUCAUUGAAUUGGCGUGUGGUGAAUACGGCGAAGAUAAAAUACCGGUCUUGAUUACAAAGGCUGAAAAUGGAAAAGCUCUACAAUGGUUCAAUAAUCCAGAGACUAUACCUACAAUGGAAUUGCUUAGAAAACAGUAUCCUUUAAGUGUAAUGAGGGAUCAAGACACAACCACAGGGGAAGAGGAAACGCCACAAUCCAAUCAAAGAUCAGUGCUCAUAAGGCGAGGAUUCCUUAAAGCAAAACGUGAUCCUACGAUGACACAUCUCAGGCUGAUGGUGAACGUAGUAGUGGGUAUUAUGCUUGGAGCUCUCUUUAUCAACGCUGGUAAUGAAGGCUCCCGCGUAUUGGAGAAUUAUAAUCUUUUAUUUGCAAUUCUCAUGCACCACAUGAUGUCGCCUAUGAUGUUAACUAUUCUUACAUUUCCAUCAGAAAUGUCAAUACUAUUAAAGGAACAUUUCAACAGAUGGUAUUCUCUUGGUUCUUACUACAUUUCGAUAACAAUAGUGGAUCUACCAAUUUCGAUAGUAUCCUGUGCCAUAUUCAGUGUGAUCGUCUACUUGAUGUCGUCUCAGCCGCUUGACAUUGCGCGCUUCGCUAUGUUCUUCGCCAUUUCAGUUUAUACUGUACUGGUCGCGCAGAGCUUCGGACUUAUGGUCGGAGCCGUCUUCAAUGUUGUUAAUGGAACAUUUCUUGGACCAACAUUGUCCGUGCCAAUGAUGAUGUUUGCCGGCUUCGGUGUUACAUUACGAGACCUGCCACCAUAUCUGGCCUGGGGUUCCUAUGUGUCAUAUUUAAGAUACGGUCUAGAGGGCUACAUCGGUGCAAUAUAUGGCUUGGAUAGACCCACCUUGGAAUGCAAUGAAGCUAAAUACUGUCACUACAGGUAUCCUCGCACGUUCCUGAAGGAAAUUGCUAUGUCGCCAAACAUGUUCUGGUGGGACAUCCUCGCCCUCACAGUUACGCUGCUCGUUCUGAGAACUGCUUCAUUUUUCCUGCUCAAAUGGAAACUCAGUGCUGUCCGAUAAUAAUUAUCAGCAUUUCUUACUUAUAAUUUAUAUAAAUUCAGAUAUGUUGAAAAUAUUUUAAUAGCAUUAGUAUCGGAUUUUACUGCUCAAUUUAUUUAUUUUUAUUAAUAGUAAAUUUAGCUAAUCGCCAGUUUCCGAAAUAAGGAUUAAUUCAUUAACUUAUUUGGCUGAACGCUCAUUGGUCGCCUCCUGCGUCAACGGCGGCCAUCGACCAAUAACAGUUCAGAUUUAAGUGAAAUUAGUUAAUUUACUUGUUCAUCAAUCAUGGUCAAUGUUUCAGAAACUGGAGAUAAGUCUCAUUAGAUUUAUUGACAUAAUUAUAAAAAAUAAUUAAUAUUUUAUCAUGAAAUUAAUUAUUUCUCGCCAAAAAAUAUAUGAAUAUUCUAGUAAUACUUUAAAAUUACGAAUAUGUAUUGUCCCUACAUCAUUCCAAAUUGAUUGAAUAUUUAUGAAAGAUAGUAUUUAUACUACCAUACCAAAACCAAUUAUGGGUUUUUUUUAUGAUUAAACUAUUCUUAGUACUUAGAUUUUAUCUAAUGUUAGACCGAAAUUAAGUACUGAAAGUUUAACUAUUGACGUACUUAUAUCAUAGAUAACGAUCUCAUAAAAAGCGUACUAUCUUUCAUGAAUUCCAUUCGCAUCACUCGUCAAAUUAUCUCGUCUGUCGUAUUGUGCGCUAUUUAGCGUAAAACGAAACGCAUUAAUAUUCAUAUCAUUCGUCAUAUUGAUAAUUUAUUAUAUUUUAUCAAUGUUAUUUCUGAAAUAAAAUGAGAUUAUUUUUUUCAAUAAUUACUAUGUCAACGAUGAUGAUUGAUUGAUGACAAUUUAUAUAACCAACAUAUGACUCUGGUAUGUUAUGUACCUACUUUUACUUUUAUUUCGAGUUAUUAUUCAAAAGUACAAAUAAAUUUGGUAGAAAUAUAGAGUAAUGAAUUGUAUUUAUAUAGGUGUGUUUAUUUGUGCUUUUAAAAUGAGAAUUUUAAGCGGUUCUUUCUCUUAAAAAUACCGUAAUCGAAAUACAAUUAAUAUCGCCAUGAGUUCUGUGAUAAAUAGCAACGUUACCUAUGUACCGUCAAUGUUUGCAUCUGAUACAAUUUGUUCGGAAUAAUGUUAUCAUUUUAUUAAUCAUAAUAAUAAUAAUAUAAUACUUAAUCUAUAUUUUUUUAAUAACACGAACAUGUGUUAAUAUUUUGUAUUAGAGCUGUUUAUCAGUAAUAUUAGGUACUUGUUAAAGUUGCGUAAUUUAUAGGAAAAAACUAUUAUUGACAUGUAUAACAUUUAUUUUUUAAAUUGUAAAUACUUUUAUCUAAACUAAAAAGUUUUGUAUGUCGGGUUGAAUGUAACAAGGAUUAAAGAUUAGAUUACUUGCAUGUGGAAUAAUUUUAACUAAUUAUUUAGUGGCUUAAUUAAAUAAUACGCUAGAUAAAGAACAUUGGUGGCUCAAGUAAGUGGAGGCAAUGUAAUGUAGCGUACAUUAUAAUAUAAUAUUCAAGACCAGCCUCCCGAUCUAAGUAUAGUUUGUUUAAAAUUGGGGUUUUAUAUAAUUAUAUUUUGUGUCAUAAUUUUAUAAUUUCGCUGAUUAUAAAAUUAUAAAACUAACAAUAUUAUAAGAGGAAGAAUUUGGUGUAUCAUUAAAUAUAUAUAAAUGGACUUACUUCGACGGGGAAUUAUGAUUUAAAUUAGUGUUCAAUUAAAUUUGAUUUGGGGAGAUCGUAGAGGUAAUUACGAACUGAGACCAAAGAUUUUAUUUUCUAAAUUCAUAUCGGUCCAUGAUUAUAUGAUUCCUACAAUAAGUACAAUAAGAUGCAUGCAACUUUGUGCUUAUUUAGUUUAAUGAUAAUCGAAUGAUUAUGACAAAUAUUUAUCAACUGGUAUCAUAAUUUUAAUGAUAUUGUGAUAAUUGUUCUUCCACUAGCAAAUGCAGAAAAGUUGUCUUGCAAACUGACCUGCGAAUUAUCAUUAAAUUGCGAUAUUAGCUCCGAUUGUUAUCAUUAGAUGCGGUAAUCCAUUUGCCUCUAUUGAAAUUAAAAUUAUUUUUAUUAAUUAACAAUAUUUUAUUGGAUCAUUAAGCAUUUAAAAAAAAUCAUUAGAGUUUAUUUGUAUAUGUUUCUUUAUGUUUAAGAAAAUUGGUUAGGUAUUUUAAAAACGGAGGGCAGUAUGAUAUAAGGUGUCAGUACCGUUAGCAACGCCAUUUUUUCACUUUUUUGAUUCAACGUAUAUUUUGACCAAAAUAAUUCCGAGAUAAGUUGUACAUGCUCAAAACAUAUUGACAACAACACAUAAACAUAACAUACUGUACACAAAUAAUUGUUUGUACAUACAGUGCAAAAAUGUAUGUGAGAGUAAAUGAUAAUUUUGACAAAUAUAUAGCUUCCUUCCUUAAUCAUAAAGUAGCUUUUAAUGUUUAGUACAGUUUCAGAAGCUGUUGGUCGAAAACCUUAUUGAAAUACUUCUGACAUUAAAAUAUCCUUUAAAUGUCAGAAGAAGAAGCGCAAAAAAUUGUAGUAAAUAGUAUAUGUGUAACCUUGAAUGUUAUUCAUAUUUAAGUUUAAGUGUAAAUGUAACCUAAGCAAGGAUUUCGCAGGGAUAUAUACGGCCUUAUUAGUCUUUUAGAAAACGAGGUAAAUUUAGUUUAAAAUUAAUAUUAACAUGUCCAUUUACUGGUGAUAAUUAUAUUAAGGUUUUUGUAUGGAAU